AUGCAACUGCAGCAAAGUCAGUCAGCACAAAUUGCGAUGACAAACGCCGCGUCAGACAGCAGUAAUACCAAAAUAGCAGCAAAAUCAGCGAUUAGAACAACACCGAACGCCUCUCAAUUUAUACCACAACCUCUACUGACCUCAUCUCAGGUACCAUCUUCAAAUGAUAACAAUGCUCAAGUGCCUCCAUCGUACAAUGCCAACAAAGGACCGUCGUCAACAAAUGCAUCAAUGUUUCGGGUGCAAAUGUGGUCAAAUAACUUCGACAGUGGUGUACAAUCCCUCAAUCAUAGUUCGGCAGCCUCGUUACUGUCGAUGAGCUGCUCAUCGAUUCGAUGUGGAUCAUCGCAGAUCUCGACGAUGUCAUCAGAGGAGAUGGAUCAACAGCAGCAGUUAACGGAUCAGCAACAACAGAAGUUCGACAAGAUUCCAGCAUCGAUCGGUCGAUUGAAAUCAAGCUCCACAUCUGCUUCGUCCACAUCCACUGCAGUCAGCUCGGUGACUGCAAAUCAAGAGUCGAAUGAUGAGAAUCAAAUCCGAAACGCCAUACCCGAGUUGAUCAAUCUGUUAUGUGAUCAAGAUGAGGUGGUCGUGCAGCGUGCCGCAAUUAUGGUUCAAAAUAUCGCCAAAAUGGACAGUGAACAACCCCUGUACAGUGAGCAAUCGCCUCUACUCGAUCCGUACAAAGUGAUACCCUCACUCAAACUUCUGCUCGGUAAACGAUCCAAUUCAUCAGCGAUCAUCAAGCCCACUCUCGGUGCGCUCUUUCAAAUCUCUGAGCGUUCUGAUGGACUCGAAGCAAUUCUACGAUUUAACGAACAGUCGAAUGGCGCUUUGUUAACAGAUAUCAUUCAGCAUAUUAAGUUCACUGGAGGAACGGCAAUUCGAUAUGCAAUUCUGACGUUUCACACAAUCAUCGCAGAUCGACAGUCGCAAACUAUUCACGUGAGAAAUAUCGAACGUGCACGAAGUAACGGUGCUUUGCAGUCAAUAACCUACUUCUUAGAUCAUGAAUGCAACGAAAAGUUAUUAUCGGUUCUCGUCGAAUGUGUUCGCUUGUUGUGCGAUAAGUCAACGUCACAACGCGUUCGUUUCUUAUUCAUUUCUGUUUUGCUCGUUAUGGAUAAUAACAACAAUCUUCGUUACCGUUGCGCUCUUUCUGGCAACUCGAAUGUUCAUGUUAAGAAUGUCAGUGCGGUUGAUCCAAUGAUAGUGUUGUAUUGUACGGGUAUAUUGUCGAAUCUGUUGGCCAAUAAUCAACGAAACAAAGAAUUCGUCUUUAUGAAUGGUGCCAUCUCAAUCCUCUAUCGAGUGCUGAUCAACUCCUAUAGUAUACCCGCAAUUACACCCAACCAACAACAGCGCGUCGAGGAUAUUCAGGAACGGGCAUUGGCAACAUUGCGACAUCUAUGUGUAGGACAUGCGCAUCAACAGGAAGCACAAAAAGGAGUGAUUCAAACCGAAAUGGGUUGUGAGUUUCUUCUGAGGAAAUUAACUGAAAUGAGGCCGUCAAUCCUUAAACAAACACUUCAGAUACUGAAUAAAGCAGUUUUACAAGAUUGCAAUUUGCAAACAAUUAAAGAGACUCGCUUACGGCUGUCACCAGAAUAUGAAACGAAUUUCACCGAGAGGAUUAUUGUGGUGCUGAAAGUCGCUUGUGAGCAAUUACCUUCUGUAAGUUUCCUUGUUUAUUAUUAUUACAUAAUAUUGGCUGAUGAUAAUGAUAGUAAAAUUGAGAUGGUAUAUUUGAUGCGUAGAUCAGAGUAUAUGUUGUACGGAGGAGAUGAUGAGCAACGAAAUGCGGUGUUGAUAACGCUACCCAUUUAUUGUUUAUAUCAACGAUAUGUGGACGAUGAGAAUAUUAUUCGAUCAGCUCUCGGCUUGAUUUCCGAACUGGCUUGCAAUCAAGAGAUGGCAAGUGUUUAUGCGUGUGACAGUACAUUGUUGAGUGCGUUUGAACAUUAUUCAACAAGUCGUAAUCAGGCAUUUGGUUCGUUUGAUUAUAUACCUCGUUUUGAGGCGAUGUCGUUGACACCAUCAGUGAGUACAAAUUCGACCGAAUUAACACAGCAACCAUUGAUAAUUGAUGAACGUGAAGGUAUGCCUUCUUCAUACAGUAACAAUAAUAUUGUCACUGAUAUGGAGUGUUCUUCUGAGGUCUGGCCUGAGGUAAGGCUGAAUGAAUGUUUUAAGGACGAUCUGUCAGGUCUAUCAUUGAAUGAUGACCCAUUCGCAAGCAUGUUCUGCUCACAUCCAUUCGACUCAUCCCAACAACAAUCACAUCGAAUCGUAUAUCCGCCUGGUACAAGUCGGAUAUCGUCAUCAGUGUCAUCGAGUGAAACGGGAACACCAGCAGUAAUAGCAACUACCGUGCCGUCUCAACCCACAGCAACAAAUACAUCUUUCAUCUAUAAUCCUAAUAGUAACGUGAACAAUAAUCAUUUCUACCACAACUCUAGUUCAAACAUAAGUAGUGUGCAGAUGGGAAGUCCAGAAGCGCAUGCUGCACCGUGGCAUGAUCCUUCGUCGAUUCCUUUUCAUAAUUAUCAGUUGUAG